GGCGCUGCGGGAACGUCGUCACGAGACAGAAGAGUGACAGCUGGUGGAGGGAAGACCCCGCCGCAUCUUGGACCGCAUCUUGGGGGCCACAUCUUGGGGACCACAUCUCGUGCCACACCCAACGCCACCUGAAGAUGAAGUGUACAGAGGCGCCAGAAGCCACUACUAAUGCUGGGUGCAGCGACUUGCUGCUGUAUCAAGAGGCCUUGUCAUGUUUGGAGCUCAUCGCUUCCCAGUUGGAGAGCAACACUGACUACCCUGUGGUGGAUCAUCUGUAUGAGAAGUGCAGCUCUGCCAUCAGUACGUUGCGCACGUCUCAGCCCAACCCACAUAUAUCGGCAUCCUUGGAGAAUCUCUUGGACACAUUAAGCUUCCAAAAAUCCCUGCUCGAUACUCGCCGUUAUGGUGGCCAUGGCAGACGACGUACAGUCAGUGAGGGAACAUUUCAAUAUUCUAAUAACAAGAGAAAGACCUGUGUAGACUGCUUAAAACAAAGUGCAAAUGCAAUUCACAGCGAAACAGAUCAUAGCUUGACAAUACAAGAUAUGUUAUUACCGUGCAGUGCGAUAGGUGUCUCGAUGCAAGAUGUUGCUGGUCUCGAUGAGGUUAAGCAAAUAUUAAAGGAAGCGGUGAUCAUGCCCAUCCAAUACCCGCAGCUCUUUAAAGGUGGAGCAAAACCCUGGACUCGCUUGCUUCUCUAUGGACCUCCAGGAACUGGGAAGACAAAACUUGCUCGAUCUUUAGCCUCGGAACUUUGCUGUCCAUUUUAUUGUGUAUCAUCUGCUAGCCUUCUCUCCUCCUGGGUUGGAGAAUCUGAAAAAUUGAUUAGAGACUUGUUCCGUCAUGCCCAGCAACAAGCAGGCCAGACUAUUAUCUUCAUGGAUGAAAUUGACAGUUUGUGUAGGAAACGUUCACAAACAGAAGAUGAGCACUCACGAAGAGUGAAGUCAGAACUGUUGCGGCAAAUGGAGGGCAUCGAGGACAGUAAGAAUGCAAGUGUGUUCUUGCUAGGUGCCACCAAUUGCCCCUGGGAUCUUGACCCUGCCUUCCUCAGACGUUUCCAGAGGCGCAUAUUUAUUCCUCUUCCCGACAGGAAAGGGCGCCGCACUAUAAUUUCAAAUCAGUUUUCCACCGUGCUUCUCCACCUUACGGACUCUGAAUGGCUGACACUCCUGGAUGCUACCGAGGGCUACUCAGGUGCUGAUCUCACUCACCUGACAAUGGCUGCAGCAUUUCAGCCUAUUAGAGAUUUGCACUCGUCUCGCUUUUGGAGGUUCACAAACGACAACAAGAUUACGCCGUGCUCCAGCGACACCCUCGGUGCAAUGCAGUAUCCCUUGAGCAAGCUACCAGCAGAUCAGGUUGUUGCUCGUGAUGUAGAAAUAAAGGAUUUCCUGAUGGCUAUUCAGACAACUCCGAAGACAGUUUCCCCAAAGACACUGCAGCAAUAUGAAGAAUUCUCAUCGGCAAAUUUCCAGGCCUAGCUGGAGCUUGCUGUGGAAUUCUUACAGUCAACAUACAAAUAUAUGUGAUUAUGAAUUUUCCCCACUUUCAUGGUGUGGCAUGAAAGGUAAAAAUUUUUUUGUUAAGACUUUAUUAUGUUUCCAUGUUUUCAGGGACAUUAGUUUAAUGUGGAUAUAUUGUAAAAAACAUGUAUUACAUAUGUUAGGUUACACCUUCCUUGACAGUGGUAUGUCUUGAUAGCUAUACAUAUUCAGGGGAUGAACUGUGAUGUUUUGGUAGCUCUGAUUGUUAGUCUAUAGAUUACGAUGAACUGUUAGUGGCUACUUAAGGAGCCAACACCAUACUUUUUAGGUUAAGAGUGCAUUCUUAUAUUAAGACAAUGUUUUAGUCACAAGUUAUUCAGGUUUUCAUGCAAUAAUUCUAAUUUUGUUACAUUUAAUCAGUUCCUGUAUAUUUACACAUUAUAUUUUUUUAAACAAAGGUUGCUUAUAUUUUCUUUAAGAAUAUGUAUAUCCUAUUUAUAAUAUACUGUGUGAUUACUUCAUUAAAACCAAGAUUUUAUAGCUUCUUUCAGAUACUGUACAUACGGUACACUAUUAACUAUAAUUGCAUAGUUAAUAUUAUUGCUUUGAUGCUCAGUGUUGAGACAUAAUAUUGUAUUGGCAUACAGUACUGUAACUGAUCCUGAAAUGUGCAGGAUAAAUCUAAAGUUGCAUUAGUGUAUGUGAAGGACUAUGUGCUUACCUGAAUAAGGCUCUCUAUUUACAUCUUAUGUAUCACAAUUGAAUUUGGCAAUUUAUGAACAUGAUGGAAGAAAAAAUUUGGACAAUAUUAUGGAUGAUUUGAUAUCUUGAGUGUCAUCUUAAAAUUGAUUAUUGGCAUUUUAUAUUCUGAAUAUUGUAGCCAUUGAAAUUCUGUAAAAUAGGAUUACCUAAGUGACAUGAUAAAGUGGUCUGUAUACACAAUUGUUGUUGUCCGUUUUCUGAAUUUGACCACACUUCCAUUUAAAUAUAGCAGCAAGUCAUAAUGUGAGCAUAGUUUCAUAGCUCCUAAAAGGACUGCUUGAAUGCAAGGAAGUAGGAAGUUUGUCACUGCAAUGUCCAGCACGAGAGGUAUUAGAGCGAGAGUCUGAGCGUGAAAUUGUGUCAGUGUUUUGUUAGUACCAUUACUUCUACUGGUAUUGAUUGUGUACAUGUCAUGGUGGAACGGCUUGUCAGGAUCUGUUGUCCAGUAUGGUUGUGUGUGUACACACUGUUCAUAGUUGAGGUACUAUUCACAAUGGGUUGAGUACAAACGUGGUGAUAUACUUGCAGAGCCACUAACAUGAAUAGCAUUUUGGGCAGGUCCUUAGGUGAACAAAUGUUAUGUGAAUUAAAAUGUUACAAUGUACCUAAUAAAUACUUAAGCAUAGUGAUUAAAUAUAUUGAUAAAGUUGCAUUUCUAGAUGGUAGGAUAUUAGAUGAGUGGGUAGCACAAGAUACUAGGAGUUAAAUCGGUAGGAACCAUGAGUGGGAUUCGAACCUAUACUCUGGGUACUACAUCACAACAUGAUAAAAGCAUUACAGCCUGGGAUUCAACUGAAUCCUCAAGGGUUCCCAAGGCUUACACCCUAGAGGAUUCAGACAAAUCUCGGGUUACAUUGCUUUACCGUGUAGUGGUCUAAGGCAUUUGCUUAGGAGUACCCGAGUAUAGAUUCGAAUCCUCAUCACGGCUCCUACUCAUUUUCUCAUUGAUACAUCAUGUUAAUGUGAUUUCUUUGUGCAUACUGAGAGUUGUUAGCACAAGGUGGAUACUUAGAGAUGAAGUUAGGUACUUCAAUAUUCUACUUUUUGAAUAAAGUAUAGACUGGACAGCAAAUAGUGUAUGUUUAAGAACUUGAGACAAGUCAAAGUUCCAUGGCAUACAUGGCAAGUCAUUGAUAUGUAUAAGAAACUGGAGAGGCCUCAAGAUGCUGCCUUGUGGCACUCCAAUGGUAGAGUGGAAGAGGUUGUCAUUGAUGAUACUGUAUAUAAUGUGAUUGUACCAAAGACAUUAAACAAUACUGUACUAGCCA